AUGGAUAAUCUAUCUACUGAUCUGAUACCAACGGCAGAUCAGUAUUUCCUCUUGUACUUUAUCAUAGGGAUUUACUUUGCACCUGAUCUCAAGGAAGAAAAAAUCCGCAAGCCUGUAUUACAAAGAUAUGUUGAAGGUCUUCCACCAUACAUUUCCAAUCAAUUGGCUGGUUCAUUUAUGAGUAUGGUAGAAAUGGAAAGGGUGUACUACUGUGUAGUAAGAAAGGCAAGUAGAUCUGUCAUCAUGAAACCCCCAAUGUUGCGCCUGUUCUUUCAAGGAAAUCUUCCUCCCCCGGUUGAAGACCCCAGCUUGGCUUACCCACAAUUUGAUGAUCUCUUCCCUCCUAAGUUGCAUCCCCGUACACAAAGUGGAAACCAGUAUGAUAUGGUUCAGAAUAUUGUUUUCAUCAACGAGCCAGACAUCUCAUACAUAAAGCCAGAGGAUAUUGACAGGUUUAAGAGGCUGACAGGACUAGAAGAGUUCCAUCUGGACGGAGAGAGUGCAAUGUUGCACAAUGCUGUAGGGGGUGAGAUGGUAUAUGAUCUGGUAGAGCAAGAAGAAGAUCAGUCUGAAGAUUUUCUACACUCUGGUUCUGCGCAAAAUUUUAGUGCUGUACCAUAUCCUGGUACACCAACUGAACAUAAUAUGCCAUCUAAUGGUACGCUACCUUUAGGCAAUAACUUUGCUAAUCCUCUAAUGGAUGGUGCCACAAUUCCAUCACCCACAAAAACUAGUUCUGCAGAUGACUAUGAGCCAAGAAAGAUAUUCCUUCCUUCUUUUCCAUCAAGGGAGGUUUGGAGUAACAUCAUUGCAGCCACUAAGAAUGGAUUUUCUGUGACUGGGAGUGCAGCAAGGGGACAAGUAGGGCCUGUUAUAGGACUCAUAGAUAUCGGCAAGAGCGAUGAUUCGUACCUAUUCCGAGUGUCACUUCCUGGAGUGAAGAGGGAUGAAAGAGAGUUCAGCUGUGAAGUGGAGAAUGACGGUAAAGUGUUAAUCAAAGGAGUUGCAACAACUGGUGAGAAAACAGUCACAAAAUACUCUCAAGUGUUUGAGAUGCAAUCUCAGAAUCUUUGUCCUUCAGGAAAUUUCUCCAUCUCUUUCAAUCUCCCUGGUCCAGUUGACCCUCGUCAAUUUUCUGGUAAUUUUGGUACUGAUGGGAUCCUUGAGGGAAUUGCAAUGAAAACUGGAAAAUGA